UUUAUUAAUUGUACUGAUAAAAUAAAUAUUAUCUUUCAAAUUAUCAACUAAUCAUUUUGUGGCUAGUUGACUUAUUUUCAAUGAUUUUAACAUCACAUUGAUAAAGAGCCAGAAUUAUUUUACAUAAGAAUUUAUAAAAUAUUAAUCCUGUGCCCGUGAAACGGAACGUCAAAAUCAAGCAAAAGUAAACAAAAGCGUAAAAGUGACGUUAGUUUGAAAAUUAUUACAAACAACCGAAUAAAAAUGUAAAUAUUUCAUAACCCACUGUAAAACAACGUUGAUUGAUUCGUGCAGUUCUAAAUUUAAAAAAUGCGGUACUAUAAGUAUCUAAAAAAUAUAAAUAAAUUACGAAGUGAAAGUUAGGUUGAGCCAAUUCCACAGGAAAUGAAAUGUUACAAGGAAAUUUUUUUUAAGUGAAAUUACGUUAGAAUCAUGGGUACAACAUACAGAGAAUUGUUUAAAUUGUACGAUUUGAUACAAUGUGGCGAUAUAAGGUCAAUAGAUAGUUUUCUGAAUAACUGCCAGAUUAAUAUCAAUGAGGUUUUGCCAUGCAAAGGUAUUGGUGUGCUGCAUCUGGCAGUAGGAAUAGAACCAUUGGAAAAGUCCAGAAUAUGCACUGAGCUAAUUUUAAAGAGUGGUGGAGAUCCUAAUUUAUGUAAUGACGAUGGUGUGACCCCAGUUCACAUAGCAGCCAUAUGGGGUCGCGUUGAUAAUUUAAAGCUGCUUAUAGGCUGCGGCGGCGAUCCUUCCCGCCAUGACUUCGACGGGCAUUCAGCGUUUGACUACGCUGCUAGGGAACAGCAAUGGGCUGUAUACGAUUACCUCCACAAUGUUGUGGAUCAACUCGACGACUCGUUCGGAUCUCAGUGCGGUUAUACUUUAGAUUUAGAUAAAGUAUUAGUGACUACAGACCAAAUGGUCGCUGAAUACGAACCAGUAGAUAAAAAUAUUCUGUGUGAUAAAACUACACCAAGAAAAUCAGAUAUGGUGCGCGAUUGGUGUGAAAAAAGUAGCAGGGUGAUAAACAAACUUUAUCCCACCAUACUAGGUGAUACAUACUUAAUAGAAAAUGAAUCAGUACCAUGGAAAAGCAAUGAUUUUACCAAAAACAUUACAUGUGAUCUCAGUAAUGAUAAUGAUAAUAUAGAUAAAUCAGACCUUAAUGCAACAAACAAUACCUUUAAGACUUGUUUGUCGAAAUAUGUACCUUACGACGUAGAAAUUAGUGGUGUUCAACAUUUGAAUUUAACUACACAACAGCCAGAUUGUUCAUGCAGCGACAAUACCAGUACAGAAAUGAGGAAAAACAGAAUGAGUAUCUAUGAGAACUUUUCACUGCCCGGUUCCCCAAACAGUAUCACUCAUAAAAACUACAAGACAAAGACUAGCUUGAAGCAGUGCAAGAAAGACUGUCUCGCAUCCCUAUGUGCUGAUAUGAAACAUUUAACCUUUGAUAAUUCAUCUUUAAUGUCUGAAGAUGCUUCACAUGUUGAUUUGGACAAAGCUUUAAUCGUUGUUCAAAAUAAAACGAAUGAGUUUCUAUAUAAUAAUAUUACAAACGUUAAGAAUAUUAACGGUACAAACACUAGACGAUCUUCGGCCAGUAGCGGAGUGAGUAGCAACUGUUCCAGCGGUAGCAUCAUCAUAGCGAGCAUGCAUGAGGAAUAUAAAUAUGAAGACAAAGAGGAAGGUGUGGUGUUGAUAGAAAAAAGAUUACUGACGUCAUCUGUAGUGCUGCCUAUUGAGGAAGGUGCUGACUUUUCUAGUCCAGAUCAAACGAUACUGUCUGUAGCGUCGUCACUGCCAACAUCAGUGCAAUAUGAUAAUAAUAACCUCAGGUCGGAACUGAUCAAACUCGGUUUCCGUCCAGGACCAAUCCAGGAUUCGACCAGAACAUUAUACUUGAAGAAAUUGCAAGCGUUGAAGAAAAACCCUAUUGUUAUCAGCAGUCAAGGAAAAACUUACAGUAUAGAAUUAGAAAAAUCCCUCCGCACAGAUGAUUGGACUAAGAAUUUGGCACCCUACAUAGAGUUAGAGAAAAGAGUGAAAGCAGAUUUCGCCAACCCAUCCAAGAAAUGGCGCGAGGGCUCCGCUAAAACCUCGUUCACAUAUCUGCUACUCGACCCCCGUAUUACAGACGACCUACCUUCGAAAGCGGCCAAACAAUCCCAGCAUUUGUCGUGGAUCACGUUUGUCAAUUCAAUAUUCUAUGUUGGAAAAGGUAAGCGGUCAAGACCUUAUUCGCACCUAUACCAAGCCGUGACUCUUUGGAAACGUGACUUUACAUCUUCCAAAGACAAGAAAGUUCAAAAGAUAUUAGACAUUUGGUCGGACAAGGUCGGUGUGAUCUGUUUACAUAUCUUCCAAAAUGUGAUUCCGGCAGAGGCGUAUACUUACGAGGCCGCCAUGAUCGACGUGUUAGGUGUUGCCAAUUUGAAUAAUUUAAAAGUGGGUAAUUACUAUGGUGUUGCUGCUUCUUUGCCUCUGAAAGAGAGACGUAUGCUCGGUUUGUAUCUACUUUAUAAGGCUAUGCAAAUUUUUAUAAGCGAAGGAGAGAGGCAGUUACGGCCUGACGAUAUUGAUUGAUUAAUGAAUGAUUUUGAUUGAUUCAAUGUCGUUUGUUAUGAAUCGGUUGUGAUGUUAAUAUUUUCGAGCAAGAAAGAGAAAAAAUUCUACAUAUUAUUUUUUAUAUGUAGCAUUUCAUUUGGAGUUUGUUGUAAAUUGUUUUUCAUAAGUUUUCUUUUUCAUCACGUGCCAAUAAUUAAUUUAAUUUAUAAGGUUUUGUAAAGUAUUUUUGUAAUGUAUUCAUUUUAAGAUGUAUGUAUUUGGACAAAUUUAACUAUUUUUGUACUUAACUGACGCUGUGAUCUUAAAUUAACUUGACAUGACAAUAAUAACUAAAUUAAUGUACAGGUUAGUGUUUCAAAAACUUUUUUAUUCACUUCAUUUACAUUUUAAUUGAUCAUAAUAUCUCACGAUAAUUAUAUCACAGCACGCAUUUUAUUGCUUAUAUGAUUAUUAUAAAUUGCUUAUUGAAAUAUUAUAACCGGUAAAGAAAAUGUACGACUGUUUAAUUAAAAAGAACGCGUUUUCAUUUGAUUAUGCGAACUAAAUAUAACUAUACUCCAUGAUACACAGUAAUAAGCCAUACAACUAUAUAAACUACCAAAGCAUUGCUUGUAAAUAGACUGUAAUGGUAAUUUCAAGUAUUAAUAGGGUCUUCGACAUUUUUUCAAGGAUCUAGUCUGUCUAAA